AGGGAGAAAUUCUCGCACGUGAUAUGAUCCUCGUUCGGCGUACACUCCUUCCUCAAACCCCGAAACCAGAAAAAGCACAGUCAGCCUUGAGCUGAAAUCCCCUAACCCUCAUUUUCUCACUAGUACAAUUCAUCAAAUCAUCGCCAUGUAUAGAACCGCAGCUUCUCGCCUCAGGACUCUCAAGGACCGAACCAGUAAUAGGCGAUUGACUAGAUUUGCAAGUACGAGUGCCGUUGCAACCAAGACAUCAUCAGGGGGUUUCUUUAGCUGGUUGACUAGAGAACACUCCUCGUCACUUCCUCCUCUAGACUUCCCACUUAAGGAUGUUACACUUCCACCUUCAUUGCCUGAUUUUGUUGAGCCUGGAAAGACCACUAUAACGACUCUUCCCAAUGGCCUCAAAAUUGCAUCUGAAACAUCUGCGAACCCAGCAGCUUCAAUUGGGUUAUAUGUCGAUUGUGGCUCAAUAUAUGAAACUCCAGUGUCAUUUGGUGCCACACAUCUCCUGGAACGUAUGGCCUUCAAAAGUACUACCAACCGGAGCGACUUGUGUGUUGUUAGAGAAGUUGAGUCAAUUGGUGGCAAUGUCAUGGCUUCUGCCUCUAGGGAACAUAUGGGUUACACCUGUGAUGCUCUGAAGACCUAUGUUCCUCAAAUGGUAGAGCUCCUGAUUGACUCUGUGAGGAACCCUGCUUUUCUGGAUUGGGAGGUUAGCGAACAGCUCCAUAAGGUGAGUGCAGAGGUUAGCGAAUGCUCUAAAAACCCACAGAACUUGCUUUUGGAGGCUAUUCAUUCAGCUGGUUACUCUGGUCCCUAUGGGAAUGCUCUUUUGGCUUCAGAAUCCGUGGUGAAUAGAUUGAACAGUGCAGUUUUGGAGGAUUUUGUUGCUGAAAACUAUACUGCUUCUCGGAUGGUUCUUGCUGCAUCAGGUGUUGACAAUGAUGAGCUAUUAAAAUAUGCUGAACCACUUCUAUCUGACCUUCCCAAUGUACCACGUCCUACUGAGCCAAAAUCAGUUUAUGUAGGGGGUGAUUAUCGUCAUCAAGCUGAUUCAGGGACAACCCAUUUCGCUCUUGCCUUUGAACUUCCUGGUGGUUGGGUCAAGGAAAAGGAUUCAAUAGUUUUGACAGUUCUCCAGAUGCUUAUGGGAGGAGGUGGAUCUUUCUCAGCUGGUGGUCCUGGGAAGGGGAUGUACUCUAGACUAUAUCUCCGAGUCCUGAAUGAAUAUCCCCAGAUUCAGUCAUUUUCUGCAUUCAACAGCAUUUACAAUCAUACUGGAUUAUUUGGAAUUCAAGCUACCACUGGUUCCGACUUUGUAACAAAAGCAAUUGACAUAGCAGUUAAAGAACUCAUUGCGGUUGCGACUCCAGGAGAAGUUGACCAGGUACAGCUGAAUCGUGCUAAACAAGCGACAAAGUCUGCUAUAUUGAUGAACCUGGAAUCCAGAAUGGUUGCUUCAGAAGACAUAGGUAAACAGAUUUUGACAUAUGGAGGGAGGAAACCAGUCGAGCAUUUCUUGAAGGCUGUAGAUGAAAUUACAGCAAAGGAUAUAGCUUCCGCUGCAGAGAAGCUUUUAUCAUCUCCUCUCACAAUGGCAUCUUAUGGAGACGUUAUUUAUGUUCCAAGUUAUGAUGCGGUUAGCAGCAGGUUCCAUUCAAAGUGAAAACAUCCUUGUGUGGAUUUGUCAUACUCCAGUCAGAGCCCUUUUCAUUUUUUUCAAGUUUUGUCCCCCUUUUGAGCAGCUAAUAGCUGUGAAAAUAAGGAAACUUGAGAUUCUUUUAUAUGAACGAUAAUUGUCUUUGGGCAUAUUUGAAGAUGCCUGAUUGAUUAUUUAGACGACUUGUAAUUUGUCGUGUCCAAAUUUUCUGGUUCCACAGCUCUUUCAAUCAUCUGAUUGCUAAACUUCAUCCCAGAUUAAAAAUUUUGCUAUUCCUUAUCUCAUUUCCACAUUCUUAUAAAACCUGAUGGUUACUCUGUGAGCCAUUCUACUUGUAUAAUAACAGAACCGGAAGUUUGGGAACUAUCUAGUUAAAAACCUUUUUUUUUUGGGCUC